AUGAAGUUCAUGCAUAUUAUGGCUCCUCUGCUGUUCGCCGGUGUCGCCACCGCCGAGCAGAUUCAGUCCAAACCUUUUCAUCUGCUGGUUCGCUCCAAGCACAGGUCCCUUCACAACCAGAAGCUCGCCGCCUGCCACAGCGGUGCCGCCACCCAGUCGCUUUGUCUCACGGGCGACACCGGCUCCAUGUUCUACCUCAACAGGACCGAGGGAUCUCAGUCACCCGUCAAAAAUUUGCAGCCUGCCGGCAAGCUCAUCUGGAACCUCCCCAUACAAAAUGGGCCCGUGUCCCUGUCCAUGAGCUUUCACGUCGAACCGUCCAGCAACGUUGCGCUGCCGCUGUUCGAGCCCAGCGACAUAUCACAGCUCGUGGCCUUUGACAAGAAAGACCGACUUGCCAUCCUCAGCUACCUUGAUGACACGCAAAAGCCUCCCAAAAGCGAGGCCCUUGUACUCAAGAACUGGUAUGCAUGCAUGACUUACUACUCCGGCUAUCGGUACCAAACCUUAAGCUGGGCCCUGGGGUCCAAAAAGAUCAAACCGGAGAACCCCAGCUGCAAAAAGGUGAAGGUUGAGCGCAGGUUUCUUCUGUAA